CCUCUGCGGGAGUGGUGGAGGGAAACCUUAUAUAUACAUCACAUUGUCACUUGUUGAUAUCAUUUGGCUUCAGAUUCUUCUUCUAUUUCAGUGCUUCUUCCUGGAAAAGACUAAGGAAACGUUUUAGUAAUGGACGCAAAGGAAUUCAGAGUGAGGGGAAAAGAAAUGGUGGAUUAUAUCGCAGACUACUUGGAGAAUAUCCGACAGAGAAAAGUGUUCCCUAAUAAAAAACCAGGAUUUCUGAAGAAACAAAUUCCGGACAGUGCCCCUGUGGAACCCCAGCCUUGGAUAGAGAUUUUCGAGGAUGUAGAAACAAUCAUAAUGCCCGGUGUGACGCAUUGGCAGAGCCCUUAUAUGCACGCAUAUUUUCCAGCUUUAAAUAGUUAUCCAUCAAUUUUAGGAGAAAUGCUCGCUGAUGCAAUCAAUAGUCUAGGAUUCACAUGGGCUUCUAGUCCUGCUUGCACAGAACUCGAAAUGGUAGUUAUGAACUGGUUGGCAAAAAUGAUUGGAUUACCCGAGCAUUUUCUCCAUAAAACAUCAGGACAAACUGGAGGUGGUGUGAUACAGCCCACGGCUAGCGAAGCAACGUUGGUGUGUCUUCUUGCUGGUAGGACCAGAGCACUCAAACACUACAGAGCCCUAUAUCCUGAAGAGACGAACAUAACCAACAGAUUGGUCGCAUACUGCUCGGAUCAAGCACAUUCAAGCGUUGAAAAAGCUGCAUUAAUAGGAUUAGUUAAUAUUAGGUUCAUCGAAAGUGAUGAUAAAUUAUCAAUGAGGGGGAAUGCACUUCAAGAAGCAAUCACCAGUGACAGAAAAGCAGGUCUUCUUCCGUUCUAUGUCUGCGCGACUUUAGGUACAACUGGAGCCUGUGCGUUCGAUAAUUUGCAAGAAGUCGGAGAGGUUUGCCAAAAAGAGAAACUUUGGCUCCAUAUAGAUGCAGCAUACGCAGGAUCAGCGUUUAUAUGUCCAGAAUUCAGAGGAUGGCUUAAAGGGGUGGAAUAUGCAGAUUCCUUGGCUUUCAAUCCAUCCAAGUGGCUCCUGGUUAAUUUCGAAUGCACGGCAAUGUGGGUUAAGGAUUGUAUUGCUCUACAUGAAACAUUCAACGUGGAUCCCCUUUAUUUACAACAUGAGUACUCAGGUUUAGCUAUUGACUUUAUGCACUGGCAAAUCCCUCUUAGUAAGAAAUUCAGAGCCCUAAAAUUAUGGUUCGUGAUAAGAAAUUAUGGAAUAAUUGGACUUCAAAAACAUAUCAGACACGGCGUAUCCCUGGCUCAAAAAUUCGAAGCUUUCUUGAAAUCAGACUCCAGGUUCGAAAUACCAGCUGAAAGACACCUGGGUAUGGUGGUAUUCAGACUGGUGGGUGAGAAUCACAUCACAGAGCAACUGUGGAAAAGGCUAAACUCCCGACGAAACAUCCACUUGGUGCCGGCAUCCUUCAAGGGAAAAUACGUAAUAAGAUUCACAGUCACUUCUCCAAGAACAACUGUAGAAGAUAUAAUAAGGGAUUGGAAAGAAAUCGACACUGUGGCCACUGAUGUUCUCAAGGAAAUGGACGACACGAGGAAGCCCAGGGUUCCACUAGGAGAUACCAAGACCAAGAACGAGAACUUUGGAACCAGUCUACUGCUUGCCAACUCUCCGAUGUCGCCGAAAAUAGUGAAUGGAAGUUUUGCUGCUAUCUACGAUCAAAAUGAUGUUCUCGAGCAAUUUUCCAAGACCAUCAAGCUGCGUCAGAAUGCUCAAGACAGUCCAGCUAUGAGGAGAAGGAUCAAGGGAAUUUUGAUGUCGGGGAAGCAGUUCUCUUUGGAUUCACGUUUAGAUCUUUUUCAUGGACUCGAACCUCCCACCAAUAGGCAUUCAAUAGUUGACGAUGCUCCCCUUCUGGAGGAUGAAGAAAAUACUUCAGGCCACUCUGAUAGCAGUGGAGGGAAACUAUCCCCCAGCAAUCUACUGGAGGUACCAUCACAAAGGAGGCAUCGAUCUAAAUCGGUGGACCAUCAGUACACUUGUGGGGGCAAUUCUUCCUCAGCCAAAGCAAAAAUAUGUACCAAAUGUGGUCACGACUUGGAGUGAUUAGGUUUCGAAAUU